AUGAGCACUUUUGAAAAGGUGGUUGUUGUAGACGGCAAAGGUCAUUUGCUCGGGCGAUUGGCAUCUAUUGUAGCAAAGCAAAUAUUAAAUGGUCAAAAAGUUGUAAUUGUUCGUGCUGAGGAAUUGAAUGUAUCAGGGUCUUUUUUCAGAAAUAAGAUCAAGUACCAUGAUUAUCUCCGUAAACGUAUGAUUGUCAACCCAGCACGCGGUCCUUUUCACUUUCGAGCACCUUCUAAAAUCUUUUAUAAGACUAUACGCGGAAUGAUUCCGCAUAAGACUUCGCGGGGUACAGAAGCUUUGAAACGUCUUAAGAUCUUUGAAGGAAUACCACCUCCAUACGAUAAGACGAAGCGUAUGGUUGUUCCUGAUGCCUUGAGAAUUUUACGAUUGAAACCUGGUCGUAAAUUUACUACAAUUUCUCGCCUCUCUAAUGAAGUUGGAUGGAAAUAUGGUGAAGUUAUUGAGCAACUUGAAGAGAAACGUAAAGUCAAGAGUAAAGAAUUUUAUGAACGUAAAAAGAAAUUGGCAAAUAUUAAAUCACGGGCCCUAAAAAAUAAGGCCGAAGAUUUGUCGAAAGUCCAACAAAGUAUUUCUACUUAUGGGUUUUAA